AUGACUGUGCUGAAUCGAACUGUGUUCGAUAUUCCAUUAAUUUGGAAUCGACGUCGAUUUCUAUCAACACAUAAUAAACGUCGAUUAGCACGAAAACUUAUUGAAACUAGUAUUAAUGUUCAACUAGAAAAACAGAUGAGAAGUGGAUUUUCUCAUAAUAUUGAAAUCGAACAGAAUAUAACUGAAAUUGAUGAACAUCUAUUAAAAUAUCGUGAUAAAUUACAUUUACUUGAUAAUAUGAUUGAAUUAGCUUCACAAUCGCUUCGAAUUUAUUUUGAUAAAAGAAUGGAAAGUGUACGUGCUAUUAUUAAAGAACAUUGCAAUGCUAUUGAACAAGUUAUUCAAGAAGAAGAUGAACAUUGGAAAGAAAUUCACUCUAUAAUGAACCAAAAUCUACUAAAUCCUGGAGAUAUUCGUUCUCGUAAUAAUAAUUAUCCUCGUGUAGUACAAAAAAGCCCGGCAGCAAAUAUUCAAACAAUAGAAGAAGUAGAUGAUGAUGAUGAUAAUGUUAAUAGACGUGUAUCCAGACUAUUGAAUACUAAAACAUUAACACCAUUAUUAUCACAAAUGAUUCGCAAAUCACAACUAGAACCAAAGCGUCUUACAGUAGUUCCAUCCAUUAAAGUGCAUAGUCCUGGCGGACAAGAUAUUUCCGUGUUCAGAAAAGAUGAUCGAUUUAGCAUGAAUAUGUUACCACGUAAUACAAUUCGGCAACCUUUUGAAAUUAUAGAAACAACAUUUGUUGUUAAACCUGAAAACACUCUCAUGGAUGGUGAAAUACAAAACAUCGAAUUUGAUGAUGAAGCAAAUGGAACAUAUCGUGCUCCUCAUCGACAAUAUCAUUCAUAUUUAGCUGUAACACAACCGAAUCCAUUGUUGACCGAUACUCAACCAAAUAUACCAACAAGACUAUGUUUUUCACCAACAAUGCUUCAAGAUGCAACUGUCUCAAAUGAAGAUGAUACUAAUAACAAAACAUCUUCUUCCUCUACUAAUGAAAACAAUAAAGUAUUGAUGAAUGCAAUUUUCACAUCACUUGAUCAGAAUCGAACAAAUAUUAAACAAUUCACUAGAGAUAAUCAUCAUUUUGGUCAAACAUUUUUUCUUGAUACUCUUAAAACAGAGCAAAGUGGUGAUGAUCAAAAGAUAUAUAAACGACCAACUAUUCAAGAUGAUGACGAUGUAGUGAUUAUUGAUGAAAUUCAUCCAUUCAUACGACCAUUAGAAUAUAUUUCUCAUACAACGAACAAUACGGCUAAUUGUCGUUCACAUUUUCCAAAUCAACAAGAACCAAAAACUGUUCAAGAAACAGUAGCAACUAAACCGCGACGACGUGCAACUACUACUAAAGUUAAAGCUAAAUCAAUUAUUGUUACUACAAGAAAAACUCGAAGUGCUGCUAAAAUCAUUGCUGAACGAGAAGCAGCGAUGGCAACUGCAGUAAAAGCAGCAUUAGAAAAAACGAUCGAAAAAAAACGAAAGACUCGAAAACGUAAACAAUCGAAAUCCAUCGAUCGUCUAGCAGAAACAUCCGAUGAAGAUUAUGAAAAGGCAGCAUCACAAUCGAACUUCAGUCGAAUAGCUAACAAGAAAAGAAAAACAAAACUAUAUAAAAAAACAAAAAUCGACCAUCAUCCAUACGAAACAUCUGAAGACGAUGAUGAUGAUGAUGAUGAUGAUAAACCAGCUAGAACUAAACGCAAAACUCGAAGACGAACUCAAUCAAAUAAAUAUGAUCAUAAAGAAGAAAUAUUGAAUGAUAAAGAAAAUAGUAAAAGAAAAACUAAAAAAUUAAAAAAAAACGAUAUUACAAAUAAUCAGAAUGAAUUUAAAAAGAAUUCUGCAAGACUUAAAAAAGUCAAACUAUCAAUAAUUGAAGAUGAAGAAAAAUUAUCAAAAGAAAAAAAGCGAAGACAAAAGCUUAGAAAAAUAAAAAAUGACGACGAACAAACGACAAAACAUAAAAAUACUCGAGCUAGUGCUAAACGUAAUCACCGUGCAAUGUAA